AUGAAAGAAGCCCCACAAGUUCAUGGUUAUGGUCGUGAUCCCCACUUCCACCUGUUGCAUUACAAACAGUUGGACUUCAGAAUGAACUUAAGCCAGGGUGAAUUAGUAGACAUUACUCCUGUUUGUUAUGAUUUUUUAAAUGGAUCUUGUCCGAAGAUUGUCUAUCCUCUGUUUUUGAAAGUGCCACUUUACUUGUUUCUCAGUUCAGUGGUGAUUUUAACUGUUUUUGGAAACCUUUUUGUAAUCAUAAUAAUUAUUCAUUUUAAGCAGCUGCACAUGCCAACUAACUACCUUGUAUUGUCUUUAGCUGUAACUGAUCUGCUGCUGGGGGGGAUUCUGAUGCCUCCUAGUAUGGUACGCUCUGUAGAAACUUGCUGGUAUUUGGGUCCUUUGUUCUACAGAUAUUAUGCUGUGUGUCAUCCUCUGCUGUAUCACAGCAAAAUCACCCCCUUUACAACAUUAAUCAUGAUUUUUAUCUGCUGGAGUGUCUCCGCUUUAGCUGGAUUUGGAACAAUAUUUCUAGAGCUGAAUAUUCUGGGAGUUGAAGAGUUUUACUAUGAGAAUGUUGUGUGUGAAGGAGGCUGUGUGUUGUUUGAAAGUGCAGCUGCAAGCACUGCUUCCUCCUUACUCGCCUUUUAUUUCCCAGGUGUUGUGAUGCUCAGUAUAUACAUGAAAAUAUUCCGUGUUGCACAAAAGCAAGCAAAAUCUAUUCAAGAAUCAAAAUGUAAAAACAAUUUAAAAUCAAUGUUAAACAAAGAGCAAAGAAAAGCCACCAAGACCUUGGCUGUGGUUUUGGGCGUGUUCCUGGCACUUUGGACACCAUUUUUUGUCUGUUAUAUUAUGAAUCCUUUUAUCAGUUACUCAGUUCCUCCAGUAUUCAUUGAAAUGUUUGCUUGGAUUGGACUUAUGAAUUCAACAUGUAACCCUAUUGUUUAUGCUUUCUUCUACACAUGGUUUCGAAAAGCAUUCAGAGUGGCUUUAUCAGGUCAAAUUUUUCAGCCAGGGUCCUCAAGAAUGAAACUGUUUUCAAACUGA